UACUUUGGCAAUGGUUAUCAAUGAAGUGUAAACUACGGAAGUCUGGUGCCAUGUCAGGACCAGUUCUAGCCUCUUGAGGCAGGUCUCGGGUCUGUGGAGGUGGUUAGAGUCUAGAAGCUCGGCCCCGCCCUACAAUAUUUGCCUAAGCGGAGCUCUUGUUACCCGCCCCUCAUGUGUCAACAAGCGGGGCCCCCACAGUGUGUUAUUUACAAAUGGGGCCUGUGGCCACAGGGACCCCGCCCUACUUUUCUGCCUGGCUUUCCGGGCAUCUGGGCCUUGCCUCCAGCAGCACUCUGCGUAUCACCUUGGCAACGGGGGGGGGCGGGUCUGGAGAGAGCACUGGGGCGCUGAGGCGGAAGCUGAGGUGAUGCGUGAUCUCAGUGAAGACAAAGCGCUAGCCUUGAGGUAGCUGUGGCUGCUUCGUCAGCGCACCCCAACCGGAAGUCAGGAGGCGCGGCCGGCGGGCUAACAUGGCGGCGGCCUCCGCGUCUUCCCUCGGCGGCGGUGCGUGGCCUGGCUCUGAGGCUGGGGACUUCUUGGUCCGCUACCGGCAGGUGUCCAACAAGCUCAAGAAGCGCUUCCUGCGGAAGCCGAACGUGGCCGAGGCCGGGGAGCAGUUCGCGCAGCUAGCCCGCGAACUGCGCGCCCAGGAGUGCCUGCCCUAUGCCGCUUGGUGCCAGCUAGCUGUGGCGCGCUGCCAGCAGGCGCUCUUCCACGGGCCCGGGGAGACGCUGGCCCUCACGGAGGCUGCUCGACUCUUCCUGCGGCAGGAGUGCGACGCGCGCCAGCGCCUAGGCUGUCCGGCCGCCUACGGCGAGCCUCUGCAGGCGGCUGCCAGCGCCCUGGGCGCCGCUGUGCGCCUUCACCUGGAGCUGGGCCAGCCUGCCGCCGCCGCCGCCCUGUGCCUUGAGCUGGCCGCCGCUCUUCGCGCCCUGGGCCAGCCGGCCGCUGCCGCAGGUCACUUUCAGCGCGCUGCUCAGCUGCACCUGCCCCUGAUGCCACUGGCCGCCCUGCAGGCGCUCGGCGACGCCGCCUCCUGCCAGCUGCUGGCGCGCGACUACACCGGCGCCCUGGCGCUCUUUACACGCAUGCAACGUCUGGCACGGGAGCAUGGCAGCCACCCGGUGCAGCACCCCGAGCUCCCACCCCCGCCCCCGCCGGGACCCCAGCCAAGACCUGGCGUGGCCCCGACCCUGCCCCUCCCGCUGCUGCUCCCGGACCAGGCCCCAGGCUCUGCUGCGCCCUCUCCCGGUACACUGGGUGCCUUCGCAGACAUCCUUGUCAGGUGUGAGGUGUCCCGUGUGCUGCUCCUGCUGCUCCUGCAACCACCGCCCGCCAAGCUGCUGCCCGAGCACGCCCAGACCCUGGAGAAAUACUCCUGGGAGGCUUUUGACGGCCACGGCCAGGAUAGCAGCGGCCAGCUUCCUGAGGAGCUGUUUUUGCUAUUGCAGUCCCUGGUCAUGGCUGCCCAUGAAAAGGACACAGAAGGCAUCAAGAAGCUGCAGGUGGAGAUGUGGCCGCUGCUGACUGCUGAGCAGAACCACCUCCUUCACCUCGUUCUGCAGGAAGCAGUCUCCCCCUCGGGCCAGGGGGUCUGAUAAGUCACCUGAACCAAACAGCCUUUCCUCCUGAUGUGGGUGUAGAACUCUCAGAUACUUCUCCAGCACCAUGUCCGCCUGUGUGCUGUCAUGUUCUCACCACAAUGAUCAUGGAUACAACCUGAAACUGCAAGCAAGACCCAGAGAGAAAGAAGAAAGGAAAGGCUGCUAGAAUGGUCUGAAGAUGCAUGCCUCAGCGAACUACUUCUUCCAACUGUGCUCUGCCCUCGGAAGUUUCUACUACUUCACAAUAGCACUACCAGUCAGGACCAGGCCUUCUACCAAUGGGCAUUUCAGGCCUAUUCUGGAUCGGAAUCAUAAAUGGAAUAAAGACUUGCUGCAGGAAGCCCUCCUACUUCUGAUGCUGACACAACGGAUUCCUUCAAAGCUAAGGCUGGUACUCACGGAGAGUUUUUCUGCCUGUUUCUUGACUUGAUCUGCAUCCAUGGAUAACUUCCUAUUCAAAUUCAUAAUCUGAAGAGAAUAGUCUUGGUAAAGUUUCUGCCUGUGAAUGAUAGCAAUGAACAGAGUGAUAUUCCAUCACAAUGCGAAGAAAGUGCAUUCGAAGCACGACUGACUUGCCCUCACUAACACUAUCGAUGGAGGAUGGGGAAAUGGCAUCUAUUUUAGAAUAUUUUAUUCUGACAGAGCAAAGGAAGCCCAUGUGGAUUAUUUCAUCUUACACUGACAGUAUUUGUUCCUCCCUGGCUGAGAGAGAAGUCACUUCAAAUGCCUCAGCUCUAGAAAAUUUAUGGAGAAUUAUCAUUAGUAUUCUAUUAAUAUUCCACAAGUAUUCACCUUCCUGACACAUACAGCUUCUCCUUUAUUUCCUCUUUCUGGAGAACAGAUCCAAUGAGCAUGCACAUCCACUACCAUCAGAGAAUUCUGUGGAGGCCUUCCCACUCUUCCUCACGUUGUGCCAGUGAGGAUUUUGGUACAGUUGCAUAGUAAACACUGCUCCUGAAAUCUAUGCGACAUAGAGGCAUGUCUAUGGAGGCAUGAGAUUUUCAUUUAUGUCACAUGGAACAGAUGAUUGACUGACUGCAGGAUGAAUGCUUUGAGGUUUUCAAGCUCAUCAUGCCCAGCACAUUCAUGCGAUGCAUACACCGUCCUUACUGUUGCACUGAUUCAACUGCAUGUGUCAGAACGGUCAUCGUAAUUCAUCCCUAGGAAAUGCAGCUGACUUCGGUUAUGAUGUGAGGCUAUAAUAAGACUAAAGGAAGUCUACUGUAUACAGAAAAACCAAGCCAAAUACAUUUUCCAACCGAGCUUCUGGCCAGUGGGGGUCACGGCUAUUCCUCAACCUCUUGCCAUCAUGCUUACUAACCAAAUGUCAAAGGGUCUCGGAUCAAAGCACCCAGAAGCAACAACCGUACCUUUGUUCGCACUGGAUUUUUAGGACAUCCUCAACUUUCUGCUCCAUGGUUUCAAAAGACGCCAUGAUGAUCGCUGUGAAUCUUUCUCUGUCUCCUUGAAGAAAGUUCUUAAUGGGCUCUGUAUUGAAAUACAAUCUUCUAACAAUUACUGUACAGUUCCCUCAACUUUAGUUUUCUACUUGGAAAGACACUUGUUAUCAAUAGAUGGAAACAAUCUGUCAAUGAUAAGAUUAUUUGCCUCCUUCCUUUCAGUCAAGAAUUUGUGGUUAUGACCUUGAUGUGGAAUUGGACAGCUGGGCUUCAGUGUCUAUAUAUUACAUACAAAACACAGUGGACCUUACAAAACUUACAAAAAGGGUUUCAAGUCAGUGUGCAAUUUCUUUAUGAGACGUCAUUUAUGAGGUAUAAAUUUAAUCAAUGUACUCCAGUUCAAGAUGUGCUCCAGUUCAAGGACACAUUCAGAGGGACUGUUGGGCCGCUUUGUGCAAAACACAAAAGUAGUCCAAUUACAAAGCUCUCCAAAGACUCAGAGAUUAUUGCACAGCGAGAUUAAAAUACUGUAAUUACUGCAGCCACUGUGAAGUUUUUAGACAAAUUUGACAAGGUAGACACCCUGAAUAAUUUAAAGGCGGGGAACCACAUUGAUUUGUAGAAAAGUGUGUGGUACUGGGGAUGGAACCCAGCACCUUAAGCACACUAGGCAAGUGCUCUCCCACUCAGCUACAUCCCUAUAACCUGAUUCCUGAAUAGUUUCUAGAUAUGACGCUCCAUCAGAAAACUCUACAGAGCUCCCCGCCAGUUGUCAAGUUUGCAAUGUUUUUGUGUUUUUUGGUUUUUUUUUUGUUUUGAACAGUUCAUGUGACUAACAUCUGACACAGCAAUUUAAAGCAGGACUCAGUCUGAUCAUAUAAUGGUCACAGGCUACCAGUGCUGACUUCAGCUUUCCACUGCAUUUUUUUUUUUUUUUUGCACAUUAAACAGUGGGUAUCUAUUUAAGAGGGGUUGGCCCUCACCAACCUGCCCCCCACACACACAAAGAGCCAGACUAGAAUACAAACAAGUGAAGUAAAAAUGUGAUACUUAAAACAGACAUAUCACUUGUGUGAAUCAAAACCUGGGAGACAGAUAAUUUCAUAGUUUUCAAAUAUCUCACAGUGAGUAAAUAAAAGCAUCCACACUGCCGGUGCCAUGUUCUCCAUAUUGACAGUUAACAUGAGGUAGAGAGUUGGUAAUCUAAUAAAUACUAUUUUGACACUGAGUGCUUGAGAACAAGGUAGUAAGCACACUUCUCUUGUCUGCCAAGUGACAACUCCCUCGCCUUGCACUUCUUUGGGUCAAACAGUUUUCUCAAAUUCCUAAUAUCUCCUAGAACAUACCUUCACAUUCUUCAAAUAAAUCCUGUAUUUCCUUCCUGCAAAGAAAUCACAUUUUUUACUUUAAUGUAUACAAAAGGCCGUUUUGUAGUGUGAGUGGAGGAAGUGGAGUGUGCCACACAGCCUACAUACAAUUCACAUUUCAAGAGCAGGCACUGACUUUUCUAGAUUUCUUUGUGUGCAGAGGAAGAGCAUGUGUGCACCCAUGCCAACCUCAGAGGUAGAAGUGUGGUGUCCUCCUCUCUCCAUCUCCACCUUAUUCCUGUCAGACAGAUGCUAUGACAGGACCUGUAGUCUGCUGGAGGCAUGAGACUUUCAUUUCUUACCACACUGAACAUCUGACUGACUACGGGAUGAAUGCUUUGAGGCCUUUAAGCUCAAUGCACCCAGUACAUUCAUGCGAUGCAUACACAUUACAGGCUGCUGCAUUUACUUACUUACUUAUUUAUUUAAUCUCAGUUUAUUUUGUUAGGCUGGCAGUCAGCAAGCAUCCGCAAUCCUCCUCCCUCUGCCACAUCAUACCCCUCAGUUCUGAGCUUAAAAAGUGUGUGUGGCCAUGCAUGGUUUUUUCUGUGGGUGGUACAGAUCUGAACUCAGGUUCUUGUGUUUGUACAUCAAGCACUCUUCCAGCCAGACUUUUCUAAAUUUAUUUUAUGAGUGGGUAAACAAUGAAACGUAUCACCUGGCCUGUUGCCCUUCUUUUCCAGAGGAAGUAAUGUCCUCACUACUGACAUCAAUGACUCCUUUGUCCACUGUAUUAAAAAGGAAGAGGAAAAAUAAUUUGAAACAAAGUGUGCUGUUCUUAUCAUCCCCCAUGGAAAACAGCUUCAUUUUGGGGUUUCUAGAUCCCAUAGCAAUGGUUACACUUUUUAAGGCAGUCAUCUGUGCAGUCAUGUAUGUGCACACCUCUCUCUCUCUCUCUCUCUCUCUCUCUCUCUCUCUCUCUCACACACACACACACACACACACACACACACACACACACACACACACACGCACGCAAAACUCUUUGGGCUUGAGUCUGGGAACAGUUGGUGCAGGGGCCUGUACCGGUCUUCCAGAGAGUCACUGUGACCCAUGUGUUCCCAGAGAGGCAGGCUGACUAGAAAGAACAGCCUUAUGUGCCUUGCAGGCUUCCUGUGGGGUGGGAAUUUAAGGUAGGGGAACCUAAAGCCACAAACAAGCUUGAGCAACAGUUAUUAGCAUCUGAAACCUCCUGUUGGUCCAAGAAAAAUCCAUGCACCUCAUCCACUCAGCGCUCCAUCUGCCAAGAGAUUUUAGGAUGUCCCCGGGGUGGACACAGCCCUACAGGAGCCCAUCUGUUUUUCACCUGGGGUGAUUGCAUCUGGGUUCUGGGUGUCAUCUGAUGUGAGAUUUGGAUCCAGCCUUGGGCGCAUGCCAGCACUGUCAGUGGCUUUCCUUUCCCUGCUUGACAUGGCUAGAGUCUUCUUGGGCUAGAUAGGACUCCUAGAACGACAGACACCAGGAGGAAUUACAAGACAGCAAUAGGAACAGGGACUGGGACUCCACAGGGUGAGGCCAGGUGUCCUGGCACUUGUGCUGCAGCAAAGAGAGGGCAAGAGGAUGUCACCAAUGUUCUGUUCUGUCCCAUUUCUCUACCAGAACGUGGAGCUCCCCAACGCACUACUUCUCAAGAUCGUUACUCUCUGCUGCUUUCCCAACCCUUGGUCAGGAAAAUCCUGGGCACUGCCGCUCCCCUGUAAAACAAGACACCUAAUGCUGGUGUCAGGUUGGGAAUUCCAACUUGCUGAGGGCCUACUCAGUCACCAAGGCCAUAUCUCCCAGCUCGUACACUGUCCCACUCAGCCCUCCCAAUCCCUGUAGCCCUCAUGACCUCUCCCUAGCCUUGCCCUCUGGGGCCUUGUCCAGUCCCAUUCGCAGGUGAAGCUCCUGAUAUCACCCCACAGGUUUGCCUUGGUCCUGCCUCUUUGUGACCCCACUGUCCUACCACAUGAACUAUGUAAGGCUCCUCUCUGAUCCCUGUCACAACUGGGGAGACUCAUAACAGAGUUCCCCAAUAGCCAAUCAUCCACCCAGGGUACUCUCCCACCCUGGGAGCCUCCUUCUCCUCAGAGAGUGGUCAUAUCUAUCUAGGCCCCACCUCCCAAUGCACAUCUCUCUGACGGUCUGGAAAGGCAUACAUGCCCAGGAUUAAGUGGCUUAAACUGGCACUUGUAGGAUUUGUAUGCAGAAGCUGCUGGUUGGUGAAGGGGCCCAGUCCUGCCCCACCCCCUUCAGAUAGGCAUUUCUGUCCAGGCAAGGCCCAUGGCCGCAUGUAAGCGAGACCCAGACGUCCACUGAGGCCUCCAACUGGACACAAGGAGCAAUACGUGGAAGGUCACUUCUUCUUCUACACCUCACUGUCACACCCGGCUCUCUUCAAACCCGAAACCCUCAGGAGCCCUUCCUCCACUGCUCUCGGUGUUCUAUUUCACUACCAGGUGAAAGUGAGUCUUGCAAACUUCACAUCACAGAGAAACCUUGACCCUUCUGCCUCAAGCUCCCACUCUCCUCCCCAAAGGGCUGUGGAUCCAGGCUGACCCCGGGAUCACGACUGAGUCUGCUAAUUACCCUGUCACUCACCUAGGUGACCACACUUCACCACCUUCCUCUGAGAGGCCCCACCUCCUGGAAUGGAUCUCUGACUAGCUGAAACACCAUUACGUGGGCACCAAGGCUGCCUACAGGCACUCCCAAAGCUGUGAGGCCUGCCCAUCAAUCACCCAUUCCUGACUUGGGUCCUGCUGUUGUGCACAUGCUUGCACAAAGUGGCCAGGGUUCCUCCUCCCCUUCAGACUACCCAGCCUGUCGAGGUAUUGCCAGUGGAAGCAUCACAGGCGGACCCAGUUGUCCAGUCUAGACCCAAAGGCGGCUAAAAAAAAAAAAAAAAAAAAAAAAAAAA